UCCGCCUCCUCUUUCUCCUCCUCCGCCUCAUCUUUCUCCUCCUCCGCCUCAUCUUUCUCCUCCUCCGCCUCCUCUUUCUCCUCCUCCGCCUCAUCUUUCUCCUCCUCCGCCUCCCCCUUCUCCUCUUCCGCCUCCCCCUUCUCCGCAUCCUCUUUCUCCUCUUCUGCCUCCUCUUUCUCCUCCUCCGCCUCCUCUUUCUCCUCCUCCGCCUCCUCCCUCUCCUCCUCCGCCUCCUCUUUCUCUGCCUCCUCCUUCUCCUCCGUAUCCUCUUUCUCCUCUUCCGCCUCCUCUUUCUCCUUCUCCGCCUCCUCCGACUCCUUCUCCUCCUCCGCCUCUUCUUUCUCCUCUUCCGCCUCCUCUUUCUCCUCCUCCGCCUCCUCUUUCUCCUCCUCCGCCUCCUCUUUCUCCUCCUCCGCCUCCUCUUUCUCCUCCUCUGCCUCCUCUUUCUCCUCCUCCGCCUCAUCUUUCUCCUCCUCCCCCUCCUCUUUCUCCGCCGCCUCCUUCUCCUCCUCGUCCUCCUUCUCCUCCUCCGCCUCUUUCUCCUCCUCCACCGCCUCCUUCUCCUCCUCGUCGUCCUUCUCC